AUGCUCUCGACCAGUUCAGAUCACUCGACAGCUGCAUCGCCACCAGGGCCGUCUUCCUCGCAGUCGUCAUCGGUCGGCUCCUGCUACACGUCUGAAUCUUCACGAGCUUCAUUCCAAGCGCGACCAACGCUGUCGGAUCCUUCUUCCAGCUCUACCAGUCCUGCCAGCGCCUACGAGCGCGCUCCCGAGCAGCCGUACGCUCCCGCACUCUUUAAGCGUCCUGCCCAGUCUACAGCAACUUACACCAGUCCACCAUCGAGCGCUGUCCACACAUCGGAGGGUCGUCCCAACGAGGCUGUAGCCGACUCUACCAGCCAGUCGUACCUCGCUUCCCGCUCCUCUCCUCGAGCCGACCACACACGGUACCGCGCCAUGCAACCGCCUGCGAGCGGGAUUCGCGAGAUAGGCCAUCCUUCCGCUUUUCACCGCGCCGCACCUUUGAGCGAUUUCACGACGAAUGCCUCUCCGCACGCCACACGGGAGAUGCAGCCCUUCAGUAGUCCAGACAACCAGAAUGGUCCUGUCUCGAAAGCUCGACGUACCAGUCCCGGCGGAUCACGCGCCUCGGGCGCUUUGGAUACGUCGCACGAUUCUCCCCAUCCCGGCCACAGCAGCAACUCGCUCACGAGCCAUUUUUUGAACUCAGGCGACGUGGCGUUGGCCACGCAAACGUCGCCGGCAGCGCGAGCAAGCGGCUCCAACACAGAAGCAACAGUUUGGGCCGAUCCAGUCGCAAGCGGCAGGCCGCCAGAUGUCGACGCAUCCACUCGAUCGCGGUGGCCGCCUUCGCAAAGCAAUCCAGCAUCACAACACUCGCAAACAUCGCUAGCAGCGCAGGUAUCGACUUCUGUCAUGCUUUCGCCAAGGUCGCGAGUCGACGACGGCUCCGUAGUUGCUCCUCGUGCGGACGUGCGGACGUCGACACAGGCAUCUCCUCAGGCUUCCGGUAGCUCUGCGACGGAUCCCAGCGAAAUUGUUUCCUGGACGAAGCCGCCAUCGCUGCCCAAGAUGGAUCUGGCUACGUUUGCGCCGCAGGAGUUGCUCAAGAUCCUCGCCACGCUGCUGCACGAGAUCGCGACGGCGAACGAUGAGUUCCAGCCAGACGGAAGCAAAGAUGAGUCUUCUCGAAAAAGAGCGGCUCGCAGCCGUGACCGUUCGGCGCCAGCAACCCCCGCCGAGGGCGAAACCGCCUCUCCUUCGCGCGACUACACAGCUCCGCCAGGCUCGCACUUGUCCUUCAGCGACUCACGGCGUCCCUCGGUGACGACGGCGGCUUUAGGUGCGCUCGCGACGCCAUCGAGCACCCUGUGCUUUCACGCCCGCAAUGUACCGAGCAUCAGCAUCGAGUCGUACUUGCUGCGCAUCCUCAAAUACUGCCCAACCACCAACGAGGUGUUUCUCAGCCUGCUCGUCUACUUUGACCGCAUGAGCAGGAUGGGCACCGGCGCCAAGCCGGGCGCCAACGGCGAAGGAGAGGUAGCCGGCGAAGCGGCUGGUCUCCCUCGCGCCAGUGAGCGCGCCUCCGGGCACCCGAACCCGAGCUCAAGCGUCUCGGCGCGCCCGUCGGACGGCGAGUUUGCGUCAGCGCAGCCGUACACGCAUCCAGGCAUUCGCGGGUUUGCCAUCGACAGCUACAAUGUGCAUCGGUUGGUGAUCGCAGGCGUUACUGUAGCGAGCAAGUUUUUCAGCGACGUAUUCUACACCAACAGCCGUUAUGCCAAAGUGGGAGGACUGCCACCGCACGAGCUCAAUCAGCUGGAGCUGCAAUUCUUGCUGCUCAACGAUUUUCGUUUGACGAUCCCGUUGGAAGAGAUGCAGCGCUACGCCGACCAGCUGCUCAUGUACGCGAGUGGGCGUCCGGACAUGGCCAAGCUGACCAAGUCGGUCCACCUGCCGUCCAGCAGCACUGUGGCCACCACACCCGGCACGGCGUCGGACGCAAAUUCGGCCACCCCCACGGCAGCAACCGUAUCUGAGCGUGCCACCCCCACCGCGACGGUGGGCGCGACGCACAGCACCGUCGCCGCUGCAUCUGGAGCUGAUGCUGAGGGCGAUGUGCAAAUGUCGGAGAGGUAA